CAUGGCUACCUCCACAAAUGGUAAUGGGAACUCGUGGUGUCAGGACAAUGGCCGUCCUCACAGGAGAGACAUUGAGGAAGAAUGUCUCUGGAGGCUCUGUAUCAUCACUGUCUGCUGUAGUUUGGAUGUCAAAUGAUAUCGCUGAAUCACGUCUGGUCCCUCCUCUGUAGUUCAGAACAUUGCCGGGAAAGAAGCUUGGUCGGUUCUCAGGUAUGUUGAGUGUAGUGUAGUCGGGAGCUGCCCCAGCAGAUCCAUCUUCAGUGUUGACUCGAAUCCUGCUCUGUUCUGAUAGGUCAAUAGAUCUGGUACAGGUCACAGUGACCGAUCUUCCUUCCACCACACAGUCGUCAGGCACCUCACA